AUGGGGGAUAGAGCACCACUUGCAAUAAUCACAGAUAUGGGUAAGGAAAUCAUAGCAUCAAUCCCUCGUGUGUUUUCAGAGUCAAAACACCGAUUUUGUUCUUGGCAUAUUGGCAAACACACAAUAGAACACUUGGGGAAGUUAUUUAAUGCAAAUGAGGAUUUCAAAAAGGAUUAUAGGUAUAGUUUAUAUCGGACAAAGACUCUGGAAGAAUUUGAGAUAUGUUGGAUGGAUAUGUUGGAAAAAUAUCAAUUGACUGAACAAAAAUGGUUGAAGAAUAUGUAUGCUUUAUGUGAACAUUGGGUGCCAGUCUAUUUACGAGGGACCUUCUUUGCUGGUAUGAGUUCUACGCAGCGUAGUGAGGGCCUCAACUAUUACUUCCGAGGUUAUUUCAAACAAUCCACCCCACUUUGGAGGUUUGUUAAGCAAUAUGAAAGGGCAGUCGAUCGUCGACGUGAGAAAGAGGUUGAUAAGGAUUUUAGGACAUUGACUACUACCGCAAACUUAACUUCAGGGAGCCUAAUUGAGUUGCAGGCUUCAAAGGUUUAUACAAGAACAAUAUUUGAGAUUUUUUUACUUUUACCAGAGUUCUUUUUUGACUGCGAAUGA